CUCCUCCUCCCGCCGCCGGGGUUGCUCCGCCGCCGCCCGCAGAGGUGCAUGGCCGGAGCGGCGGCGGCCCCGUUUGGCAGCGGCAGCCGCCGUGCAUCGCUCCGCUCCGCUCCCGCAGCGAGUUGCCCGCUCCGCGGGUCGCAGCGGGGCGAUGUAAACGCGGAGCUUCCCGGAGGCGCGGAGCGGCGCUGAGCGGAGAGGAGCCCCCGGAGCCCUCCGACCCGACCCCCCCCGGCGGCGGCCGCAGCUCCGGGGUGGGAGCUCGGAUGCUGCGUGGAUCCCGUCGGUCCGGCGGAGCCCAGCGCGGGGCCGGGGCCGGGCCCUGCCGGGGCGGGCGGCGCGGGGCGGCUCUGGGUGCGGGGGGAUGCUGAGCCCCGCCGGUCGGCACCGCGCCCGCCGCCGGGAGAUGCUCCUCGUGCUCGCCCUGUGCCUGGCGUGGCAGGAAGCGCCCGCGGCGCCCACCCCCGCAGCGGACGACAUCAGCCGGGGAGUUGACUGGCUGACGAAAUUUGGGUAUCUUCCUCCUCCGGAUCCCGUCACAGGACAGCUGCAGACACAGGAGGAGCUGACCAAAGCCAUCACAGCCAUGCAGCGCUUCGGGGGGCUGGAGGCAACAGGGGUUCUUGAUGAGGCCACGCUGGAGCUGAUGAAGACCCCUCGCUGCUCCCUGCCCGACAUGGCUGGCCCAGCAGCCAGAAGGAAGCGACACACACAGGCUGUGACCAAGUGGAACAAGAGGAACCUGUCCUGGAGAGUUCGCACCUUCCCCAAAGAGUCCCACCUGGGCCACGACACGGUUCGUGCCCUGAUGUAUUAUGCCUUGAAAGUCUGGAGCGACAUCACCCCACUCAACUUCCACGAGGUGGCAGGCAACAACGCCGACAUCCAGAUUGACUUCUCCAAGGCCGAUCACAAUGAUGGCUAUCCCUUCGACGGGCCUGGGGGCACAGUGGCACACGCUUUCUUCCCCGGAGACCAUCACACAGCAGGGGAUACUCAUUUUGAUGAUGAUGAAUACUGGACCUUUCGGUCAUCAGAUGCUCACGGGAUGGACCUCUUUGCUGUUGCCGUCCAUGAGUUUGGCCAUGCCAUUGGCUUGACCCACAUCUCAGCCAUAGAGUCUAUCAUGAGGCCCUACUACCAGGGCCCAGUGGGGGACCCUCUGAAGUACGACCUGCCCUAUGAGGAUAAAGUCCGAAUCUGGCAGCUCUAUGGAGUCAGAGAAUCUGUGUCCCCCACAGCCAAGCCUGAAGGGAGCAAAACUGAGGACCAUCCUCUCCUUCCAGAGCUGCCUGAGAACCGCUCCACCAUCCCGCUGCGGCGGGAUGUGCCCAACAGAUGCAACACUCACUUUGAUGCGGUGGCCCAGAUCAGGGGAGAAGCUUUCUUCUUCAAAGGCAAGUACUUCUGGAGACUGACCCGCAAUAAGCACUUGGUCUCCCUCCAGCCGGCCCAGAUCCACCGGUUCUGGCGGGGUUUGCCCCUCAACUUGGACAGCGUGGAUGCCGUCUACGAGCGGACCAGCGACCACAAGAUUGUGUUCUUUAAAGGGGACAGGUACUGGGUGUUCAAGGACAACAACGUGGAGGAAGGAUACCCACGGCCCAUCUCAGACUUCGGGCUGCCACCAGGAGGGAUCGAUGCCGCCUUCUCCUGGGCCCACAAUGACAAGACUUAUUUCUUUAAGGAUAACCUUUGCUGGCGCUACGAUGAUCACGAGCGGAGGAUGGAUGCCGGGUACCCCUCAGAGACCAUUCCAUGGAAGGGAAUACCAAGCCCUUUAGAUGAUGCUAUGAGGUGGUCAGAUGGUGCGAGCUACUUCUUCAGGGGCAAGGAGUACUGGAGAGUGCUGGACAGUGAGCUGGAGGCUGAGCCUGGCUACCCCCAGUCCAUCGCCAGGGACUGGCUGGUGUGCAGCGACAUGCAGGCGGAUGCCCCAGAGGCAGCGGGCAGCAGCAGGAUUGGAGCACGCUCCAAACCCGGGCAGCACGACCAGAGCCGCUCAGAGAACAGCUACGAGGUCUGCUCCUGCACCUCGGCCUCUGAGCCGCUGCGGGCCUGCCCUGUGCUCAGACUGCCAGCCAGCAUCACGCUGCUCUGGGCUGUAGCACUGCUGUGUGUGGCCCUAUGACACCUCACCCCAUGGAGGGGACAGUGGUGCUCCAGGACGACGGGUGGAUGCGAUCCCGUAUGGCUGAGUGCUGCAAGCAGAAAAAACAUUCCUAGGAACACGCUGGUGAAGGUUUUGAAUUCUCCAUGAGAAGUGAACAGUGGCCGUUUUUAGUUUGUUUGUUCGUUUGUUUUCUUUUGGAUUUUAGUUGAAGGUCUAAUAACAGAUUUUGAGUUCUGCACCUUCUUAUUCCCCCAUCCAGCUGAAGAUGAGAGCAGCCUAAUGUUGCAUUUAGAACUGUUCCAUAGAGAUGUGUAGCUUUGGAUGCUGAACACUGCAGAGGAGGGAGGGAAGCGCUGCUGUGGUCAAGUGGGGACAGUGGUGGCUGCAGGACGGGCUGUGCUGCCAUGACGUACACAUCCCAUUGGAUGUACUGGGUAGAAAGAAACUCUGACAUCACGAAGAUUAACUGCAAGGUGAUUGUUUUAUUGUCCGGUCCGCCAUGGUAACUGAUGUCUGGGUAACCUGUGUCCAUUCUACAGGCCAGAAACAGCUUUGCCUUUCAGAAGGCAAUGCAGCUUAUCUUUGUAUCCAAAUCUUUUCAGUUUUAACAGUUUCUCUAAUAAACCUUGGCUGCCUACACACAGAGCUCCCAGUCCUCUGCUGGAUCAAGCCUGCCACCUUCAGUAAGGUGCUGGCUGCUCAGGCUUGGGCACAGCCUUAUGAACAGGACACCAAUGACGUCACCCCAACAGCCUCAUCCCUGCACUGGAAUUCCUCUCCUCUUGGAGCUUCUGCCUCAUGCUGUUUUAUAUUUUGGGAGGGAUUGAAAUGCAUGGAUUUGUGUUGCUGUCGUAGCUGGAUGCAUCACAGAGAAUGGGCUGUGGGGAGGAGCAAUGCAUGCAGUCAGCUUUAAGCUCCUCCUGGUGCCUCAGCCACAGGUUUGGAGCAACAGAUGGAAGGUCAAGAGCUGCGUUAGGGUGGUCCUUGAAUUGGUCUCACUUGUACAGUGAGGUCACAGUGACCUUGCUGCACUGGUGCAUCCCUGCCUGCUCAGAUGGUAGCAUCCUCUCAGUGAUACAGCUCUGGAUCAGGCUCUUUCUGAGGUUGAUUUGGACACAUCCAUCAGUUCAGGAGGAGCCUACAGUUGCCUCCUGACUCUGGCUGAAGAUAAUAAAUAACAUUUCAGUGGCUUUUAAUGUUCCCCUCAAGAAGAUGAGUACAAAAUAUUGUUGUUGUGACUCAUGGCUGAAUGGACAGGGCACUCGGUAGCUGUGUGCUGAAGGAUGAGCUGUCCCAAAGUGCCCAUGUGCUGCUCAAGCUGAGGGCAGGCAGGAAGGGACAGUCCUGUUCUAUGCCAAACAAAUGUCCUAUUGAAUGUGUCCUUGUAUUCAGAGUACAAAGCCAUUGAGAUCCACCUCAAAUGGUGCACAGUCAACCACAGAGCAUGUAAUCAUGCUGGGUGCUGUUCACACCAGGCCCACUUUUGUCCCCUGUUGGUCUCUGUUGACAUUGGAGAUAUCCUGCUGAACCUCCAGUGCAAAAUCCUAUCUUGUAGCACAUUUAUGGUGCUGCUGGUACCAAAUGCAAUGGGACAAAAGCCAACCAGGAUGCCCACUGUGCUGCAAUACCAUGCUAUGAGCCCUGGAUGCAGAUGUGAUAUAAUCACUCCCAGGGACAGAAAUAGCAGCCAGUCUCCCUGGGAGGUCAUUGAUUCAGCAUGGGGCCAGUGGGGUCAGUGCUGCCCGAGGGGUCACUGCAGGAAGGCUGGGGCAUUGUGAGCAGAUGUCCACAGCACAAAGACACCAUUGUACCAAGAGCCCAAAGCAGUGGGAGGGGGAGGAACCAAAGGUUUCGGCUGUGCCGGGGCAUCCCUCUGGUGCCAGUGGGAGGGCAAGGAGGCAGAAUGGCUCCUCCAGCUCCAGCGGGAUGCAGAGGUACCAAGGAGCCACCCUUAACAUUUCCCCUCGUGCGGAUGCUGCAGGGGGACCAAAUCCACGGUGGUUUUCAUCCAAAACCGAGAAGGUUGGUGGGGCUGAGCAGCAGGGGGAUACCCGGGUUCUCUGUCCGUCUAUCCGUCCCCGGGACGGCUCAGUGUGGCCACCGGAGGGCAGCAGAGCCCCGGUACAGCACGGAACGGAGCGGGGGGGAGGAAAAGACGGAAAAAGAGAAAACGAAAAGGAAAAAGGAAAAAUAAAGAUGAAAAAGUAAGGUGGGCAGAAGCAGUUUUCAAAAGCCAAAGCUAUAGCAAUGUCUGAAUUAAAAAGUAAAAAUAAUAACAGUAAGAGUAAUUAAUCUCAGGCUUUACAUGGUGUUCAACGGCUUGAGAAACACAAUAAAGCUGUGGGAAGGUCUCCUCUGUCCACUAAUUCAAAUCACACAUCAGGUGUGUGUGUGUAACAUGAACUGCUGCCUCCCACAGCCCCAUAGAAGGGAACACAGCCCUUAUCCCAGCAGGUUUUGCUAAAUCGAGUCAUUCUGAUUGAUGAAGGGUGAAAGCUCUCUCCCUCAGGUUUAAUCAACAAUUGCCCUUGCUCAGCUGUGGGCAGGAGAGCAGAUACUGGGGCUCAGCCCCAUAGCUCAGGUGGAGCAGCUCAGCUUAAUGCUGUAUAUGAGCAGGCGGGUAUGUGCUUCUAGCAUUUUCCUGCUUUGCUGUAGCUUUUAGAGAUGGUUUUUGCUUCUCAGGUGAUUACAUGGGAGAAGACAGAUCCCAGCCCUGCCUCCAGCCCCACCACCUCACUUUUUCCAUCUCCUCUAUCACAUGCACAUGGUGUGGGAUCAGGCUGAACCCAGCAGUAAGCCUGGGGGAUGCCUUGUGCAAGGAGCUCGCCCUGGCUCUCUGUGUUCCAGCAGUUCCAGGUAAGCUUGGUGCUGUGGAUCACUUAUUGCUUCUUGCUGCCAUUGUAGGUGGGGCAGUUGGCCGGCCCUCGUGGGCUGGUAUUGACUAUGGAGGAGUACAGGACAGCCAAAAACAGGGAGUAUGUGUAUGUGGCAGAGCAACGUGCUAUGAGAAUACUAUCUUGUGCUAAGAAUAGGAGAGGCUAUUAAAGCUGGAUGGUAUGUGGGGGAUUUAUGUAGGCAUGCACUGGGGCUGUUAGCUGGGGAGCAGUCUUCUGCAAUACAAGUUGGUAUUGCAAGGCCAGGAGCUACAAGGUUACUAUAAGAGCUGCCAGCCCAGCUCUCCAUCCUCCACACAAUUUUCUGGUCUUCAGUUGAAAAUAAAGUGAAACUCCUAAACCUCUGGUGAGAUUUAUUGUCCUGUCAGCAGUGAAAACAGCAACUCAGCUUUAUGCUGCCAGCUCUGGUGGGGUUUUUCCUCACUAAUACAAGAUGGAUCUGGGUUUGGUUUUCUUUUGUUUUGUUUUUAAUUAAACAGACAAAAAAUCAACCCCUCAGACCUGGCUGUGAGCAGCUCUCAGUGCUUGGUACUGCAUGUGCACCAGGGCUGCUUUGUUGCAGUAGGGAUGAGACUUCACAAGGGACUGCAGCAAGAUUUAUGGGUUGUGCUGCUUGGUUUGUGGUGGCUUCUCUUUGGGCUUUACGUGAGUUAACAUGCAUCCUGGGGAGAGGCUUUCCUACCUUGUGUCUGAUGAGCCAACCCCAGCUCACAUGUGGUGCAACUGGAAAGCUUGGGGUCUCACUUGAGAUUAAUGACUUCAUGUGUUUCAAAAGAGGUUUGGAGGUGGGAGCACCAGCUAUGACUGCAGAAGUCUGUUUGUAUGUUGAGGUUUUGAAGGUGGAAAUGCCCCGUUCAGCUCACCAGCUCAGCUGUAAUACAGAGAGAGCCAAGCGAGGAAGGCCCUGGCGUGUCUAUCCUGUGAAACAGAAGAGGGAGCUUAUUUGGGGGGUUGCUCCAUGACAAUGCUCCUCCUUCCACCCAACAGUGUGGAGAAACUGAUGGCUGCUUUGGGCUGGGGAAUAGGAAACUGUGGUGCUGAGUGGUAUGUGGGCAUUGCUCUUUGCUAGCUGUGCGACUGUUUUGCAUCCCACAGCUUCUCUGUGCUGAGGUACUCACCCUCCUGCUCUGAGUUGGUGGGCUAUGAACUGCUCACCUUCACAUCUGUGGAGCUGUAGAGUGGGUUUGCUUGUUUCUGAAGCUGCUAAAUAAUGGGCUAGCUGUGGCCCAGGAGGGCUUAUGAAGAACUAUGGAGGCUCCUCAGAAGCCUGCCUUCCAACAGAGCUCUGGGGAGAGAUUUCCACAGCAGCAGUGGAAGUCUUUGCUCCACUUUCUUGCAUCUCUGUGCUUCAGCUUCUCUGGAAUGUUAUCAUUAUGCUCAACCCAAGCUUGUAACUGCUCUGUUUUUCUGAGCACACGAAAGUAAAGAUGUUUUACAGCAAUUCUCUGCUUUAACUGUCCCUUUUUCCGCUGCUGUUUCCAUUUGCCCUUUAUCCUCGUUUGCUGCCAUGGAGCCCUUUGCAGGGAGAUGCCCAUGAUGUGAGAUAUGUCAGAUAUUUGUGGUGCAGCUUUACAACCUCAGUCCAGAUGUGGGCAGCAGCUGCUUUCCCAGGCUGUAUUGGGAACGGGUACGCAGAAGCUGAAGCAGGAUAGAGUGGUUUGGCAGUGAAGCUUCUUCCCCUGAGGUAUAUGGGGAAUUCCUGUUUGUCUAGCCCUCUCUAAGCAAAAGCCAUGCUCGGGUGUGUAAUGUUUUGCAAGGCUGUGCUAAUUCUGUCCAAUGGAGCACAUGCUGAGUGCUUGGUAUGCCAUGUGCUGCAGCCACGUUCCAGCACCCUCCUGCUCCUGAGGCUGCUGCUGGGCCUGCCUUGGAGCUGCCCCGAAAUAGCGUUGUUCUGGCAGCCCAGCAGACUGUUAUUCCUAACCUUUGGGUCACGCAAGGUAGCGGUGACGCAAUGGAAAACCAUGGUCUGCAUGUGCUGUCACUGCAGUGGCUCAUCCAUCAGCUGCACUCUGACCCAUGCUGGGCUGCCCAUGGGGAAGGGCGAUGGCCCUGGUGCUGCUUUGGCACCAGGCUUCCCCUUACAGCAUCUCAUCAGUGGGGUGAAAUGCUCUUCUGCAUGCAGUAAUCUGGUGGUUGUGUGUGUCCUGCUGGCACCCUGCUGUCAGGCCUCCUCACCUCCAGUGCUGCUGUAUGCGUAGGGUCCAUUCUCCUGCCGUGCCCCUCUAUGCAAUUACAGCUUUCAAUCUUAAUUCAGACCUGCUUCCUGCUUGCCUUUCUGUGUUACCAGGGUGAGCAAACAAAUACCUGCCAGCAGGCUCCGAAGGCCACGUGGCUGCCAGCCUGUCCUUGCAGUGUGUGUGCUCAUGUGCACGCUAUCUCUGGCCUUGUUUGGGCUGGUCUCUGCAGGUGUGUGCUGAGCUGUUGGGGUGUAAAUGUGCUGCUGAUAGCAAAGGGAAAGAACCUUCCUGUUCCCAGCUGUGGGAGGGCACUGGCCUCACUUGAACUCAGCCCAGAGAAGCGUGGAGUGCUCGGACAAAUGCUGUGGAAUAAUUCAGUAUUGAUGAUUAUCCAUCUUCCCACUGAGCUUCUGGAGGUUUGGGUUUGUUUCCAGUGCUGCAGCACAGGACUGCUUUGUGCAGCUGCAUCUGGGUGAGCCCAUCAAUGGGCGGAGUGGCAAGGAUGCUGCUGGGCUUUCUCCCUCAGUUCUUUCUCCUCUUGCAGUCAGGGAUGUAGAGAUGAUUUUCUUACAUGGCAGAACAAAAACUGAAGUGAAUUAAUUAAUGAACCACACUGAACUUGGUCAGGGUGAGCAGUGAGGAGGAAAAAAAAAA